AUUAGCUACCAAACUGUUACUCGGGCCUUUGUUUGUCCUGCGGGCCACCUUCCAGCUGGGCAAGUCUGGUUCUGAUCAUCGGGCGCUGCCCAGUCCGUCCGCCCGCCCUCUGCCUCUCUUUGAUGAGUGAUCGAGAGCUCUGCGCGUGAGAGUUACGUAGGGAGGGAAUUCCGCCUCAAAGCCUCGACUCUCUUUUCCGUCCGCCUGCCCGAACGAACGAGCGAUAGCGAACCCAGCGCACCCGUCUCUCUCCAGCUCUCUCCCCCACCGAUUCCCGCCGAAGACUCGUCGCAGCGGGCUCUGUUCUCACGCUCACGCUCACGCUCACGCUCGCGCACUCUCGCCCUUCCCUGCACAGCGUAUCUGACGAUGUUAAUCGACGGCGAGAAAUGGGCAUGCGAGGCAUGCGUCAGGGGGCACCGAGUUAGCAAUUGCCAGCAUUCAGAUCGACCGCUGCAGCACAUCAACAAGAAAGGCCGGCCUGUAUCGCAAUGCCAGCAUUGCCGCGCAAUGCGCAAGUCGCGCUCGUCGCACGUCAAAUGCGACUGCGGCGAGAAGACGCACAAAUGCGCACACCUGAAGCAGACCGUGGAGGGACACAAGGACAGCUGUUGUUGCAACCACGGAGGGCGAUGCACAUGCUCGCACAAGAAAGAGCCGUCGCUCGACACGGUGCCCGAGUCAGAGUCCGACGACGCGAUCGAGCCCCAGCCGACGACAGUGACCAAGCCCAGAGCCGCGGCCGCGCGCCGGCGGCGGGCCAACACGACACACUCCGAGCCCGUCCUUAGCUUCGACGAGAACGGCCACCACCGGCCGACCCAGCGCCACACCAAGGCCUCGCAGAAGAGCGGCCCCUACACGAUCGGCCGCGCCGGCAGCGUCGGCUCGUCCUCGUCCUCGUCGAUGCACCGCACCGCGAGCGCCAGCAGCCUCGCCACCAAGUCCGUCGACAGCUUCAUGGCCCCGGGCAAGAGCCGGUCGCGCGUCACCGACUCGUCGUCGCCCGACCGCGACACGCGCCGCUCCGCCAAGUCGGCGCAGGCGUCGCCCUCGAUCGGCGGCGGCGGCGGCGGCAGCAGCGCGUCCUCGUCCUCGUUCCACCAGCUCAACGGCCAGCUGCCGCCCCUCGACCUCUCCGGCAUCCGGUACGUCGACUACUCGGCGCUGGACAUGUUCGGCGGCGGCGGGCUCUCGUCGGCGGCGGCCGACUACGACUACGAGCCGCCCAUGUUCAGCGCCGGGCUGGACGCCUCGGUCGACUGGUUCGACAUCAAGGCCGAGGCGGGCCUGGCGGGCGCGACGCCGUCGAGCUUCGACCGCGCGCGGUCGGCGUCGUCCUUCCUCGGCGGCCUCGACUACGUCGGCGGCUCGACGACGGAGCCGACGCUGACCUCGAACUCGGGCGACGUGUCCGAGACGGAGGACUUCGCGUCCGGCUUCGACUCGGGCCCGCCGUCGCACCUCGACAGCUUCCGCAGCGCCUACCUCGGGCUGUCGCACCACGCGCACGCGCACGCGCACGGGGCCGCGACGACGGCGGCCUCGAUGCUCGCCGGCGGCGCCGACCUCAGCACCCUCGACUUCGACCAGUUCAAGGGCACGGCGGCCACCAGCAAGCUGCUCUCGACGCAGUCGUCGACGUCGGCGUCGUCGGCGUCGCUGCUCGACGACGGCAGCGGCGCCGUGUUCCCCGCCUCCUUCGUCGAAGACGACGGCUACUGGAGCAUGAGCAACUUCACCGACGGCAUCACGCACUCGCCGGACCCGGUCGCCUCGGGCCUGUGGAAUUCGGCCUGAGCGAGCGAGCGAGCGCACGCCAGCCGCGUAAAGAGAACAGCUACAGAGACGUUACGUGGGGGGAGAUAG